AUCAUUGGUGUCAGUGGGAGGAAUAGUGCCCCGUCAUUGGUGUCAGUGGGAGGAAUAGUGCCCCGUCAUUGGUAUCGUGGGAGGAAUAGUGCCCCGUCAUUGGUGUCAGUGGGAGGAAUAGUGCCCCGUUCAUUGGUGUCAGUGGGAGGAAUAGUGCCCCCGUCAUUGGUGUCAGUGGGAGGAAUAGUGCCCCGUCAUUGGUGUCAGUGGGGAAUAGUGCCCCGUCAUUGGUGUCAGUGGGAGGAAUAGUGCCCCGUCAUUGGUGUCAGUGGGAGGAAUAGUGCCCCGUCAUUGGUGUCAGUGGGAGGAAUAGUGCCCCGUCAUUGGUGUCAGUGGGAGGAAUAGUGCCCCGUCAUUGGUGUCAGUGGGAGGAAUAGUGCCCCGUCAUUGGUGUCAGUGGGAGGAAUAGUGCCCCGUCAUUGGUGUCAGUGGGAGGAAUAGUGCCCCGUCAUUGGUGUCAUGGGAGGAAUAGUG